AUGCUUGCCAAGGUGAACGUGAAUCUGCCCCUCCUGGAUGUGAUCAGAAAAGUCCCAGCGUAUGUGAAGUUUUUUAAGGAGUUAGUCUCCAACAAGCGGAAGUUCGAGGACAAUGAGAAGGUUCUGGUCUUAGAAAUUGCGAACUCGAUCAUACAGCAGCCUCUGCCACCAAAGCAACGCGACCCAGGUAGCUUCGUGAUUAAAAUUGCUUUAGGAAAUGGUAAGGAAGCUACGGGAAUGUUAGAUUUGGGUGCUGGAAUUAACCUUAUGCCUUACUCUAUUUUCAAACAAUUAGAGUUAGGUGAUUUGAAACCCACCCGCAUGUGUCUACAACUCGCCGAUAGGUCCGUUAGAUACCCCUGUGGGAUCAUAGAGGAUGUUUUAGUGAAUGUUGGGGGCUUGAUUAUUCCCGUAGAUUUUGUGGUUCUCGACAUUGGGGAGGUGCAUGAAAAUGGUGUAGAGCACACACUACUGUUAGGAAGACCGUUUAUGGCAACCACUAACACCUUAAUUGAUGUUAAGGAUGGAAAUAUUAAAAUGACUGUGUUAGGGGAGUCAGUGUCUUUCUCUGUGCAUGAUAGUCGUGCUAUGCCUUCUGCAAAUUUUAUCAACGAAUGCUCCUUUAUAGAUCCUAUUGAUGGCUUGGUUGAGAAGGUAUUUUUACAGGAGCAGGAGUGUGUGGAAGUCUGUGCUGGAUCGACAGACAUGGAAGAGCUAGCUCGGGAAGCUAAAGAGUUCAGCUCUCCACUGCCCAGCGCUGCCCCCUUCAGCUCUGCAACCUUCAGCUCUCCACUGCCCAGCGCUGCACCCUUCAGCUCAGCUAUGCCGAGCUCUGUGCUGCCCCGCUCUGCCCAGCCAGUUAUGCCAAGCUCAGCCAUGUCUAGUCCAGCUCUGCCGAGCUCAGUGCUGCACUGCCAUACGGAGCUGCCCAUUGAUGAACAGAUGAGAACCACGAGGCCAGCGCUGGAACUGAAGGAACUCCCAGCCAAUCUCAAAUACAUGUUCUUAGAAGAGAAAAAGGAAAAGCCGAGGUUCAGAUCGGUAGCGUUGUCCCUGAAUAAAGAAGGCGUGUUGCCAAAGGACGUGUUUGACCCUGGCGCAGCCCAUUCUAAGGAGAAUUUCAGAGGAGACAGACAUCGCAUGAAAUCCUACUAUGGGCGGAGUAUUCCGAUGGUGGUGGAGUCUCACACUCUGCACGAUCCUCACUAA